AUGUCUGAUAUUGCUCCCAACAACCCUACCAUCGACGACGCGUUCAACGCUGUUGUCGUUGACGGAACUGUUCAAGCCAAUGUCGCCCCUGUUAUCGAACAUCCUAACGUUGCGAACGAAAACCCUGUCUUUCCCAUUGUUGUUAACCAUUAUGACAAUCUUCUUGCCAUGACCGGAAUGAACAUUGGUACCCGCAAGGCUCUCGUGUCGGAAGGGUUUGGCUCUAUGUCCUCUUUGGUCCGCUUGAUCACUAAGGACCUUGACUCCCUUGUCGAUAUGAUGAACAAGCAACACCGUGGAAAAUCCUUCAAGAGCACUUAUCCCCCUGGAACGGCUGAUAACGAGAAGGAGAUCCAUAUUGGCUUUAACUCUAAGUCAACUCUUUCGGUUAUCAUCCACUGGGCUGAACGUUUGAAACGUCUUGGAAAAGAGGUUCGUGCUGAGGACUACACGAGUGAAGUUGAUCAGCUUGCCCGCGACCGCAUGGAAGAGGAAAAGGAAAUCCGCGAGGUGGCCAAGACCCAGACACCGGUCAAGCCUACUCCCCUCAAGGACAUGACCAAAUGGCGUUCUUUCUUCGAGAAUUGGCACCAGUACAUGAGUUGCUGUCGCGGUCCCUCGCUGACCCCCCUCACGUAUGUUUACCGUACUCAGGAGGAGCCUGAAACUGCCCCCCUUGAAGAUUAUGACGACAUGGAUGCUUACUUGGUGGCCCAGACGAUUUUAUCGGGUCCCAAGUUUGUAAUUGACAACAAGCGAGUUUUUGAUGAAUUCAAAGAGGCAAUUACCACGACCGGCCCAGGAUGGGCUUUCAUUAAGGAGUUCAACAAGGGCAAGAACGGUCGCGCUGCUAUUUUGAAGUUGAAGGCACAGGCAGAAGGAACCCUCAACGAAUCUAUUCGUCGGGAUGAUGCAAUCAAAAUCUUGUCAACAACAACAUACAGCGGUCCUAGUCGCAAUUGGAACAUUGACACCUUGUUGCAGAAAUUCCAAUAUGCGGUCUCUGAGCUGGUCGAAAUUGACGGGGCCUCUUUACCGGAUGGCCAGCUUGUCACCUACUUGGUGCAGGCACUCAAAGAUCCCAGUUUGAGUUACGUUCGCGACACUAUUCGCACUAAUGCUACCUACCGGAACAGUUUCCACGAGGCUCAGCUUUUUGUGAAAACGUUCGUUUCUUCAUCUUCGAUCAAGACCGAAACAACGCCCCGACAGAUAAAUGAUGUUCAGACGUCCAAUGGUGGAUCUGGUGGUGGAAAAUCAGGUGGCGGUGGAAAAGGAGGAAGCAAGUCGGGCCCUAUUAAGGGCCCAGUUACGGCUCGUAGUUAUUCUCCAGGCGAAUGGAAGAGUCUUACCAAAGAGCAGCAAGAGAAAGUGAAGUCUAUGCGUUCUAAGAAGAAGCAAGUGAGCAAACCAAGCGAAGAAAAGGAACGCAGUGUUGACAGUGUCUCGCGGGAGGAUACCGCAGGCAUUAAAGAAGAUCAUGCCAAUGAUAAGUCUCAACCGAUAGACGAUGCUGCCGGUCUUCAAUUUGGACGUGGUGCACACAAAAAAUCGGUUGGAUUUGUCAUGGAUAAAGCUUCUCCCUCUGGAAACGGAGCGAAGAAGCAGAAACUAUUGUGA